UUCAACAGUCUGAAGUGCAACAGUCUGUUUUCCUGCACUGGAUGGGAGUGAUCCUCCCACCUAGUGCCCCACCUGCAUUGUGUCCCUCUCUCUCCUGAUUCUCUAGUAGAGACAUUGUCACCCCAUAGUCUGGCAGCCUGGCUGCUCACCUACAUGUAUAUCAAUGAAGACCCCAUUUGGGAAGACGCCAGGGCAGCGCCCCAGAGCUGAUGGGGGUGAGAUACACUCACGCCUUGUGUACAUGAAUGCAGCCGGAACAUUACACAUGACAUAUAGCCUACUACACCAUAUGAGUUUUUAAAGAUAUAAGUAUGAUACAGUAAUAUACAGCGCGUUGAAAGUAUUCAAACCCCUUUAGUUUUUCAACAUUUUGUUGUGUUACAGCCUGAAUUUAAAAUGGAUUACUUUGAGAUUUUUUGUCAGUGGUCUACACACAAUACCCCGUAAUGUCAGUGGAAUUAUGUUUUUAGACAUUUUUCAAAUUUAUAAAAAAAAUGUACGCUGAAAUGCCGUGAUUCAUUUAAGUAUUCAACCCCUUGUUCACAAAAAUGUGCUUAGCAAGUCACAUAAUAAGUUGCAUGGACUCACUGUGUGUGCAAUAAUAGUGUUUAACAUGAUCUUUGAAUGACUACCUCAUCUCUGUACCCCACAUACAAUUAUCGGUAAUGUCCCUUAGUUGAGCAGUGAAUUUCAAACAGAUUCACCCACAAAGACCAGGGAGGUUUUCCAAUGCCUUGCAAAUAAGGGAACCUAUUGGUAGAUAACAAAACAAACAAAAAAACAUUUAAUAUCCCUUUGAGCAUGGUGAAGUUAUUAAUUACACUUUGGAUGGUGUAUCAAUACACCCAGUCACUACAACGAUAUAGGUGUCCUUCUUAACUCAGUUGCCGGAGAGGAAGGAAACAGCGUGGCCAAUGGUGACUUAAAAAACAGAGUUUAAUUGCUGUGAUAGGCGAAAACUGAGGAUGGAUCAACAACAUUGUAGUUACUCCACAAUACUAACCUAAUUGACAGAGUGAAAAGAAGGUAGCCUGUACAGAAUUAAAAUAUUCCAAAACAUGCAUCCUGUUUGCAACAAGGCACUAAAGUAAUACUGCAAAAUAUGUGGCAAAGCAAUACAUUUGUUGUCCUGAAUACAAAGUGUAAUCUUUGGGGCAAAUCCAAUACAACACAUUACUGAGUACCACUCUCUAUAUUUUUAAGCAUAGUGGUGGCUGGUAUGCUUGUAAUCGUUCAGGACUGGAGAGUUUUACAGGAUAAAAAAAUAAACAGAAUGGAGCUAAGCACAGGCAAAAUCCUAGUGGCUUUCCACCAGACACUGAGAGAUUAAUUCACAUUUCAGCAGGACAAUACCCUAAAACAUAAAGCCAAAUCUACACUGGAGAUGCUUACCAAGAAGACAAUUUAUGUUCUUGAGUGGCCGAGUUACAGUUUUGACUUAUAUCUGCUUGAGAAUCUAUAGAAAGACUUGAAAAUGGCUGUCUAGCAAUGAUCAACAACCAACUUGACAGAGCUUGGAGAAUUUUAAAAAGAAUAAUGUGCAAAUGUUGUACAAUUCAGGUGUGCAAAGCUCUUAGACUUACCCAGAAAGACUCACAGCUGUAAUCGCUGCCAUGGGUGAUUCUAACACGUAUUGACUCUGUGAAUACUUAAAUAAAUUUGAUUUCUGUAUUUCAUUUUCAAUACAUAUGCUAGAAUUUCUAAAAACAUGUUUUCACUUUGUCAUUAUGGGGUAUUUAGAUGAGGGAGAAAAAAAAAGUGAUACAUUUUGAAUUCAGGCUGUAACAACAAUGUGGAAUAAGUCAAGGGGUAUGAAUACUUUCUGUAGGCAGAUUUUUUUUGGGGGGGAGAUAUUUCAUGCACACGUUUGUUUGUAAUUUUAGGGAAUACUGGGGUAUCUGCAAAUCUGAUCAAGAAGAAAAAUUCCCACAAGUAAGUUCUCAUUGUGUAGACUCGGCAUAAGAGUUAUGAAAAGGUUGGCUUACAAACAGACAGAUGUUUUGAUAGAUUGAUUUGACAUUACAUACUGCCUUUCAAAUUGGGGUCUCUAUAGGAAGCAGAAGAAUAAUGUUGGUCCAAGCAAGCCUAUUGCCCAACCCAGACGAAACAUAGUGGGUUGCAGGAUAACUCACCAGUGGAAGGAAGACACCAAGCUGUCCCAGUGGAAUGGAACAGUUCUCGACCAAGUCCCUGUCAACCCCUCUCUCUACCUGAUCAAGUAUGAUGGUUUUGACUGCAUCUAUGGACUUGAGCUUCACAAAGAUGAGAGGGUGCAAGGCCUGGAGGUUUUACCAGACCGAGUUGGUAGGUAUUGUGAAGACACAACAAAAAUCGGCCUUGCUCUGCCGUAAGCAUAUUACAUUUGUCUGUUCAGUAUGAGUAUGUUAGAACCAACGCACUCGUGCUAGAUUUGUAUUUGAUCAUGCAUACCUUUAUAUGUUACAAAUUGUAUUUUCAUAACCAUAUUUGCUAUUCAUUUGAAACUGCUCUCUGUAAUGCAGCUCCAGCUCGCGUCAGUGAUGCCCAGCUAGCAGAAACCAUGAUAGGCAAAGCAGUGGAGCACAUGUUUGAGCAAGAUGAAGGACCAAAGGAGGAGUGGAGGGGCAUGGUGCUAGCACGGGCUCCCAUUAUGAACACAUGGUUCUACAUCACUUACGAAAAGGACCCUGUUUUGUACAUGUACCAGCUCUUGGAUGACUACAAAGAGGGGGAUCUCCGGAUAAUGCCUGAUUCAAGUGAGAGUCCAUCAGAAAUUAUAUUUUGUGUUUACACUGUAGACAUUGUUUAAUGUCUCUCUAUUUCACUCUUUCUUUAAAAACAUGUAAUUCUAAGUAGUAUUACUGUAGAUACAAUCAUACUACAUUAAUGUAUUCAACCAAUUAUCUCACUAAAGCUUGUAAUAUUCUAUGCUUUUGCAGAUGACUCGACCCCAACAGAGAGAGAGCCUGGAGAAGUGGUGGAUAGUCUUGUUGGCAAACAAGUGGAAUAUGCCAAAGAGGAUGGCGGCAAAAGGACUGGCAUGGUUAUCCAUCAGGUUGAUGCCAAACCGUCUGUGUAUUUCAUCAAGUUUGAUGACGACUUUCACAUCUACGUCUACGAUUUAGUAAAAACGUCUUAGUGCAUUGAGAAAAUGAUUGAUUCACAGACCAUGGCAAAUGUUCUCAGGAUUUCUUUGAGACAUCAAUCAGUUAAAUGGACAAUUCCUUCACAGGCUGCGAAUGUGAAACUUGUCGUUUCCUGUGUCACUGCUUCCAAUGCGAAAGCUUUUAGUGUACUUUGUUUGAAGUCCACUUUGAUUCUAAAAGAAGAGACCUCUGCAGAAUUCACCAUGUCUGAACACUGUUCAAUUGGGCCAGACACCAGGAGACAAAUCAACGUUUUUCUUAACGUGAAAGAAAAGUGAGAAUUUUGUGUAU